AGUGUUGCACCGAUUCCGAUACCAGUAUCGGAAGUAGAUCCGAUCCAGCACUAAAAUGGUGGUAUCGGAAUCGGCGAGUACCAACAAAUAGUGCACCGAUACCAUUUUGAUGCUUGUAUGUCACUUGAACGCAGCCUUCUCUCUCCCGACACUCACUAUCGCUAUUGGCCUGCUCCAGACCAAUGAGAGCGGGCCAAUAGCCGCUCUUAACCGUCAUUUUCAUGCGGCGGGAAAACAAACCAGGAGAAGAAAAUGUCUGCAGUGUGGAAUUAUUUCAUUAUAGAAACGCCUGCGAGUACAUUGGCUAAAUGCAAGAUUUGCGACCUGAAAGUUUCGAGAGGUGGAGUUAAACGGGGCAGUUUCAAUACCUCGAACCUGAUAAAACAUUUGAAGUCGAAACAUGUGAACGAACACAAAGAGUUCGAGACUGAGGCAACUGCAGCUAGCAAGAGAAAGCGGGAUGGACCGCAGCAACGAUCCCUGGUCAGUUCACUUCGUGCGAAAGAGCAGUGGGACGAGAAGAGUGAAGCAGCAAGACAGAUGUCCGAGAAAAUAACCGAGAUGACUGUUCUCUGUAACCUGCCCCUCUCCUUCGUUGAAAGCGUGGGCUUCCGGCUUUUUAUGGCUCACGCAGUACCUAAGUAUAAGGUCCCAAGUCGCAAAUACAUAACGGGGACGACUAUCCCUGCACUAAAACAUAAAGUAACGGAGCAUGUUUUAGGAAAGCUAGGGGAGGCAGGGACCAUAAGCUUUUCAACUGACAUCUGGAGUCUCCCCACUUUCCCUGCUUAGCUUGACAGCCCACUGGGUAAACUUGGAAACAUUCACUCCAGAAAGCGUCAUACUUCAUGCGAAUUAAUUCAAGGGAUCACACACAGGCGAAGCUAUUGCAGGAGCAAUAGAGCGCAUGCUGCUCAACUGGAGCAUCCCGAAGUCAAAGGUAACGUAACUUUUCUAGUCUAGACUUUGAAAGAAAUGCCGCAGUAAUUUGCGGCAGUAAUUUGAGCCGUAGAAGUAAAGCUGUGUGUGUGUGUGUGUGUGUGUGUGUGUCGUGCUCUCUAUUGCGACUUGUCUAUUUAAGCAAUAUAGCACUCGUGGGAGUGGGGUAGGUAAGGGAUUAUCCCCUACCUACCCCACUCCCAUGAGUGCUAUAUUGCUUUUAUAAAACAAUUCUACCGUCAACAAAUUAACAUUUCAACACGAAGUUAUUGAUUAAAAAUGGUUUAAUUCGCCAUUGUUUCUUUCUUUCUUUUCUUGUUUCAAAGACAGGAUGCUUUGGUUAAUUUUUAUUAUUAUAAUUACAUUAUUAUUAAUAAUAUUAUUCUUCUUAUUAUUAUUAUUAAAGGUCCAUGCCAUUCUUCGGGACAAUGCAAGCAAUAUGAAGAAGGCAAUGAGGGACCUGGGAGUCUCCAGCCUGGGAUGUUUCUCGCACAUGAUUCAACUCGUGGUGCACGAUGGACUGCUGUCCCAGCGAAGUGUGAGCGAUGCGCUGGCCAGUGGGAGAAAAAUAAUUGGGCACUUCAAACAUUCCCCAUUGGCCACAUCAAGACUUGAAACUGUCCAGACGGGACUGGGAAUGCCAGUCAAACGUCUGAUCCAAGAUGUUCCCACCCGCUGGAACAGCACCUUUUAUAUGACUGCGAGCCUGCUGGAGCAAAAGAGUGCCAUCUCACUCUAUGCUGCAGACCACCAGCUCCCAGCAACACUGACAGCAAGUGACUGGACCUUGCUGGAGAAAAUCAACACUCUUCUGGCUCCAUUUGAAGAGAUCACAAAACAGAUCAGCUUCGCCACCUCCACCACCUCAGAGGUCAUCCCCUCAGUCAUCGUCCUGAAGCGUCUGUUGGCCAAACAGACCACGGAGGACAGCGGGAUAAAAACAAUGAAGGCGACACUUCUAGCAGCUAUGGGCACAAGAUUCCAGACCGUUGAGGCGGAGCCCUUGUACUCUGUUUCAACCAUAUUGGACCCACGUUACAAAGACAGAUACUUCACAAGUGCAGAGAGCAGCAAGCUUGCAAGAAGUGCACUGACCCAAGAGGUGGAGAAAAAUGAGGAGUCAUCACUGCAGACAACCACCACAGAGGCAGCAGACCCAGCCAGUAAGACCCCACGGAUUACAACAGAGCCCAACACAAGCAGCUGCUUUAAGGGGCUGUAUGAGGAAUUCCUGCAAGAGCAUGCUGCUGAACAAGGUGGGGCCAGCAGCCAGUUACACAGGUGCAGAUAGAGACAUAUCUGGCUGAGAAAACAAUCCACCGCACAGAGAGCCCAUUCGAGUACUGGGGAAAGAAUAAAGAACGGUUCCCCUCCCUGGCUACUACAGCUGCAAAGUUUCUCUCCGCUCCCUCCACCAGCGUAGAUAGUGAGAGGCUUUUCAGCACAGCUUCUAACAUACUUGAUGAGAAGAGGAAUAGGCUGUCAGGAGAUCAUGUAGAAACACUAAUCUUCCUCAAGAAAAAUCUGCCAAUGUACCUGAGCUUGAACCCCAAAGACUUGAAUCCUCAAAAGUAAACAAGAGUAAACACUACUAGGUGUUGUGUGACAGAUCUGUCACUGAUUAAUGCUAUUUGUUCUUACCUCAGAUACGUUAAAUUAAUGCAGCUAUCUCUCAAAUGUACCUCAUAUGUAUAUUAUUUCUUAUUUUAAUACAAUUUAACGUUCUACUUCUUACUCUUGCACUAGUUUUAUACACUAGUAUUAUGUUAUAAUUUUAUGAAAGUUGCACUAUUUUGGCAUUUGAGAGCCAAUACUCAGGGUUUUUAAGAGUUUGUAAUGUAUUUUUAAUGUAAUGUAAUUUUAAUGUAUUUUACUUUCUUACUGUUGCACUGUUCACUUCUAUUAUACAUGUUCUAAUUUCAUGAAUGUUGCACUAUGUUGGCCUUUGAGAGCCAAAAGUUUAUUCAGCUAUUGUUGUCAGCCAUACCAGGUAGGCAAUAAAAGGUUCUACUGGA